AUGGCGCAUUGUCCUCCCUCUCGGCAACCGAUGCCGCUGCCGCUGUGCCGAGAAGGGCAGGAGACUUCUUACAAGGUGCCUCUCCAGAAGGGUAAAGAGAUCAUGAAGAUUUUCCGCCACGCUGUGCGUCGGGGUGGGGUCUCGCUGCUGGAUGACGCGGCUCACUAUGAGAAUAAAUUAAACAAAGUCGGAUUGCAGUUCGCUGAUUUCACUCAUCUCUGUGCGACCGACCCCAUUGCAUGA